UAUGAAAGCAAUUAGAAAAGUAAGGCCAUCCUUUGGAUCAUUUUCAGAAAUUUAGAUAAAUGCUUCAUGUACUUUCACGCCAAAAUUGACUAAAUCUCAAACAUUUAUCUAAAUUAAGAGUAAAUGUGCUUCCUCUGGUAGCAAAAAUUCUGCAUCCACUAAAUUAAAUUCACCUUACUAACCUCAUCACAAGAGUUAAUUCUCUGUUAGAACUCAUUCUGAUCCUUAAGACAUUCAUUUUAUACUAAAUGAAUGCAUAUAAAUUUUCAAAGAGAUUUAACAGAAUUCUUUAAAUAACUAAAAUGAAGUUGUUUUACUUGAUGUCAGAGAUAAGAUGCACAAUAUUGAAAACAUAAUUUAAGAAAUUUUACAUCAUCAAAAUACUAAAAAUUCAAAUUAAAACAAGAUCUCCUAAUUAAUGUUAUAAAUUAUUGAGGAAAAAAAGCAAAAAUAAUAAGCUAUUCAAUCAGGAGAAAAUCUUAUUAAAUAAUAAGCAAAUCAAAUUCAAUAAUUGGUAUUAUUAUUAUAUAAAAUUAGAAUCAAAGAAUUUCUCUUUAUUAAUAAUGA